AUGCCUACUCCUACCCCUAAACCCACACCUAGCCCUACCCCUAAACACAUGCCUACUCCUACCCCUAAACCCACACCUAUCCCUACCCCUAAACCCAUUCCUAACUCUUCCCCUAAACCCACACCUAGGCUAAACCCUAAACCCACACCUAGCCCUACCCCUAAACCCAUUCCUAACUCUUCCCCUAAACCCACACCUAGGCUAAACCCUAAACCCACACCUAUCCCUAUCCCUAAACCCAUGCCUACCCCUACCCCUAAACCCACACCUAGCCCUACCCCUAAACCCAUGCCUAACUUUUCCCCUAAACCCACACCUAUCCCUACCCCUAAACCCAUGCCUACCCCUAAACCCACACCUAGCCCUACCCCUAAACCCACACCUAGGCUAAACCCUAAACCCACACCUAGCCCUACCCUAAACCCAUGCCUACCCCUACCCCUAAACCCACGCCUAGCCCUACCCCUAAACCCAUGCCUACCCCUACCCCUAAACCCACACCUAGCCCUAACCCUAAAUCCACACCUACCCCUACCCCUACAACUUACCCCUAAACCCACACCUAGCCCUAUCCCUACAACUUACCCCAAACCCAUACCUAGUCCUACCCUUACAACUUACCCACACCUACCCCUACCUCUACCCCACUUACACCUAGCCCUACCCUUACAACCUACCCAUAAUGCUACACCUACCCCUACAGCCUUAGCCUAA